AUGUCGACCCACGCCGGCAACGCAGGCAGCAGUUCCGUGUCCAUUUCGUCGCUCAACUCGCAGCUCCUGGCGCACGGGUACGCCAAGCGGCCGCUUUCGCUCUCGGCGCUGUCGGACAACGAGCAGGCGAAUGUGUCUUACGUCGUGUCCCAGCUCCUUGGUGCCAGUGUCGCCAAUCUCACGUUAGUAGAGGACUUGAACGCGCGGUACCGUACCCUCGAGUACGAGUUUGGUCGGGAACGCAAGGCGCGCGACAAGGCCGAACGGCUCAACGCAAAGCUCGAAACGGACGUCGAGGGGUACAAAGCGCGGGCGGGUGACAUCGAGCGCCGGCUGGCCUUGGAGGAACGCAAGACCGAGUCGCUGCGACACGAUGUUGCCCAAGGGAGAAAAGCGCUGGAGACUGUGCGCGUCGCCGCACAGCAAGAGGCCAAGCGCUCGCAGCUCAAACUUGACAAGACGCUGGGCCAGCUCGCGCGGCAAAGUCCGAUCGUCCCGCCAACCUUUGAGCUCAUGAACCCGGUGGCGCCAGGCGCGACGGCCCCCGUGGCACCCGGCGCCCUUCCCCUCCUGGAGACGACGCUGCAGGAGCUUCAGGACAUUCGCGAGAACCUCCAGACCGAGACUGAGGCAUUCCGCACCAUCAUCGUGUCGACGUCAAACGCGCUCAACGAUGCCCUCGCAGCUGGGCUAGGAAUGGACGCACCACCGCACCAGCGGCACUCGGACUUCUUCGCGCUCGACAAGCCAGGCAGGGUACAGCAGGUUGCGGGCCCCGCCGCGCACCCGCAGAUCGCGGACGCCAAGCUGCGCGCGCUCGUGGGCGACGUGCACGCCGCGCUGACGUCUGGAGUCUCGCCACCUAUGCGCGACGGGUCAGGCGAGACGGAGGCCGAGGCCGAGGAGGCGGAGGCCCAGCGCCGCGCGGCGCGCGAGCGGGAGCGCAUCGAGUCGGACCUGCGCGAUAGGGUCAAGGACCUCGAGGUCGAGAUUGCCAUCGUGCAGGGGCGCGAGGCAGAGGCCAAGAAGGCCAUCGAGGAGAUGGCCAAGUUGAACGUCGGGGCUGCCGUGCCCAAAACCACCGACUUUGAGGACGCGCGCCUGCGCGACGAGCUGCUCCGCCAGAAGAGGCUGAUCGAUGCCGAGCGCGAGCAGCUGCGAGCGCAGGCUGUCGCGCUGGGCGAAGAGCGCGUCGCGUUCGACGCUGCGCGCGACGAGCAUGCGCGGGAGCAGGCGCUCGCCGCGCUCGCGGUUGUGGAGGUAGCGACCGAGGCCGAGGGGGACGUGAGUCUGGCGGAUCUUGCCGCGCCAGUGGAGGAGCGGGUGGUGGCGCCGGGCUCGACGACACCGCCACGAAAGACCCAGCAGCAGCAUCGGUACGCCCCUCACUCGCCCUCGCCCAUGUCACCGCAUGCUGGCGCGUCGCCGCGCCGAACACCGCAGCGCAAGCACGUUGUCGCGAAGCGCCGCGGACCAAAGACUCCGCUCGCGCGCCUGGUGCUUGAGCGGGCGGCGCGCUCGAGCGAGGGCGGGCGGAGCAGCAGCAGCAGUAGUGGUGGUAGCGGGAAGAAUCCCUUUGGCAGUAAAGACAGCGUGUUAGGCGAGAGCAGGCGGCCGAACGCGCCGAGCGAGCAAGCGCCGAGGAAGGUGUUGGGCUCGAAAUCGAGCCUCACUGCCCCGACCGCUGCGACGCUGGCACGAUCACAGGCCAAGUUGGCUGCGAGUGGGGCUGCCGCACCGCGCGAGGCCAAGGCUUCCCGAGCUUGGCGAUAG